CGUAAGCCUGUGGGCUGCUCGGCGCAACCGCGGGUCGCCUGAGCGAGCCGGCGCUGCGUUUGGCGUCGGCUUCCGGGCCGAGCCGGGUGAAGAGGAGGUCGGGGUGGCGGGAGGCGAAGACUCAUGAAAUGGCCACAGAUGAUAAGAGUUCCCCGACACUGGACUCUGCUAAUGAUUUGCCUCGCUCUCCCACCAGUCCUUCUCAUCUCACUCACUUUAAACCGCUGACUCCUGACCAGGAUGAACCUGCCUUCAAGUCAGCAUAUAGUUCUUUUGUAAAUCUUUUUCGUUUUAACAAAGAGAGAGGAGAAGGGGCCCAAGGAGAGCACCAGUCUCCAAGUGCAAGUUGGUCCAGCCCUCAGAUCUCGUCAAGGACACAGUCUGUGAGGUCACCCCUACCUUAUAAAAAGCAGCUUAAUGAGGAGCUUCAGCGGCGCUCUUCAGUGUUAGCAGAGAACACUUUGCCACAUCCUCAGGAGAGUACAGACUCCAGAAGGAAAGCAGAACCAGCCUUUGGAGGUCAUGACCCACGAACAGCUGUUCAGCUUCGGAGCCUCAGUACAGUAUUGAAACGCCUCAAGGAAAUCAUGGAAGGGAAAAGCCAGGACAGUGACCUGAAGCAAUAUUGGAUGCCAGAUAGUCAAUGUAAAGAGUGCUAUGACUGCAGUGAAAAAUUUACAACCUUUAGGCGCAGACACCAUUGCAGACUGUGUGGGCAGAUUUUCUGCAGUCGUUGUUGUAAUCAAGAAAUCCCUGGAAAAUUUAUGGGCUAUACAGGAGACCUCCGAGCGUGCACAUACUGUAGAAAAAUAGCCUUAAGUUAUGCUCAUUCCACAGACAGUAAUUCCAUUGGGGAAGACUUGAAUGCUCUUUCAGAUUCAACUUGCUCUGUGUCUAUACUUGAUCCAAGUGAACCUCGGACACCUGUUGGGAGUAGAAAAGCCAGUCGUAACAUAUUCUUAGAGGAUGAUUUAGCCUGGCAGAGUUUGAUUCAUCCAGACUCUUCAAAUAGUGCUCUUUCAACAAGACUUGUAUCUGUACAAGAGGAUGCUGGGAAGUCUCCUGCUCGAAACAGAUCAGCCAGCAUUACUAAUCUGUUACUGGAUCGGCCUGGCUCUCCUAUGGCUCCUUCGCAUGAGACAUCUGUCAGUCCCCGGGCUAACCGGACCUGUGUUAGGACAGAGACUACUGAGGAUGAACGCAAAAUUCUUCUGGACAGUGUUCAGUUAAAGGAUCUGUGGAAGAAAAUCUGCCAUCACACCAGUGGGAUGGAAUUUCAGGAUCACCGUUAUUGGUUGAGAACACAUCCCAACUGCAUUGUAGGAAAGGAAUUAGUCAACUGGCUCAUCAGAAACGGACACAUUGCUACGAGGGCACAAGCUAUAGCAAUUGGACAAGCAAUGGUUGAUGGACGUUGGUUGGAUUGUGUCAGUCAUCAUGACCAACUUUUCAGGGACGAGUAUGCACUGUAUAGACCACUGCAGAGCACGGAAUUUUCUGAAACACCCUCUCCAGAUAGUGACUCGGUGAACUCUGUGGAAGGACACUCUGAGCCGUCUUGGUUUAAAGACAUAAAAUUUGAUGAUAGUGACACAGAGCAGAUUGCUGAAGAAGGUGAUGAUAAUUUAGCUAAUUCUGCCAGUCCUAGCAAGCGCACCUCAGUCAGCAGUUUCCAGUCCACAGUGGACAGUGACUCAGCCGCUUCCAUCAGCCUGAACGUGGAGCUGGACAACGUGAACUUCCAUAUCAAGAAGCCCUCCAAGUACCCACAUGUGCCCCCUCACCCUGCUGACCAAAAAGAGUAUUUGGUUUCUGACACUGGAGGACAGCAGCUCUCAAUAAGUGAUGCCUUCAUCAAAGAGUCCUUAUUCAAUCGACGAGUAGAGGAAAAAUCCAAAGAGCUGCCUUUCACUCCUCUGGGCUGGCAUCAUAACAACCUGGAGCUCUUGCGGGAGGAGAAUGAGGAGAAGCAAGCCAUGGAAAGGCUGCUUUCAGCUAAUCAUAACCACAUGAUGGCACUACUCCAGCAGUUGCUUCAUAAUGAAUCAUUGUCAUCAUCUUGGAGGGACAUCAUUGUGUCACUCGUCUGCCAGGUUGUUCAGACAGUCCGACCUGAUGUCAAGCACCAGGAUGAUGACAUGGAUAUCCGUCAGUUUGUCCACAUCAAGAAGAUCCCAGGUGGAAAGAAAUUUGAUUCCAUGGUUGUCAAUGGCUUUGUUUGUACCAAAAACAUUGCACAUAAAAAGAUGAAUUCUUGUAUUAAAAACCCCAAAAUCCUUCUGUUGAAGUGUUCCAUUGAGUAUCUAUAUAGAGAAGAAACUAAGUUUACUUGCAUUGAUCCUAUUGUGCUUCAGGAAAGGGAAUUCUUGAAGAAUUAUGUGCAGCGAAUAGUUGAUGUUCGGCCCACGUUGGUUCUAGUCGAGAAAACAGUGUCUCGGAUCGCUCAGGACAUGUUACUGGAGCAUGGCAUUACUCUGGUCAUUAAUGUAAAGUCACAAGUUUUAGAACGAAUUAGUCGGAUGACCCAAGGUGAUUUAGUGGUGUCCAUGGACCAGCUGCUUACUAAACCACACCUGGGCACUUGCCACAAAUUUUAUAUGCAGAUAUUUCAGUUGCCUAAUGAGCAAACCAAAACACUGAUGUUUUUUGAAGGCUGCCCACAGCACCUUGGCUGCACAAUCAAGCUAAGAGGAGGCUCUGAGUAUGAGCUGGCUCGAGUUAAGGAAAUCCUAGUAUUUAUGACCUGUGUAGCUUAUCAUUCUCAGCUAGAAAUCUCCUUUCUCAUGGAUGAAUUUGCUAUGCCUCCAACUUUAACGCAAAGCCCUUCAUUCCAUUCCCUGACUGAGGGACUAGGGGAAGAGGGAGUUCCUCAGGAGCAGUUCAGUGGUAGCUCCCUUCCCCAGGACCCAGAGUGUCCUCCUGAUUCCCUGUCUUCUGAUGAUAGCACUUUGGUGGAAUCAAGGAUUGUGCUUGAGAAGGGUGAGCAAGACAAUAAAAAUGUUCCACAGGCUGUUACCUCUUUGAAGCAUCAAGAUUACACCACUUCCACUUGCCCAGCAGGUAUCCCCUGUGCUCUCUUUGCAUUGGUACCUGAGGCAUUGUUACCUCUCCAUAUGGAUCAACAGGAUGCUAUAGGAAAUGAACAGCCAGAGACAUUGCAGCAAACAGAUGAACAACAGGAUCCCAAAAGCCAGAUGAGAACCUUUAGAGACCCUCUACAAGAUGACACCGGAAUGUAUGUUACUGAGGAAGUCACCUCCUCUGAAGAUAAACGAAAGACUUAUUCCUUGACAUUUAAACAGGAAUUAAAAGAUGUAAUCCUCUGUAUCUCUCCAGUUAUUACAUUCUGGGAACCUUUCCUUUUAACUGAAAAGGGGAUGAGGUGCUCAACUCGAGAUUAUUUUCCAGAACAGAUUUACUGGUCUCCUCUUCUCAACAAAGAGGUAAAGGAAAUGGAGAGCAGGAGGAAGAAACAGCUGCUUAGGGAUCUCUCUGGACUUCAGGGCAUGAAUGGCAGUGUUCAGGCCAAGUCUAUUCAAGUCUUACCCUCACAUGAACUAGUGAGCACCAGGAUUGCCGAACAUCUGGGUGAUAGCCAGAGGUUGGGUAGAAUGCUGGCUGAUUAUCGAGCUAGAGGAGGAAGAAUUCAGUCAAAACAUUUGGACCCUUUUGUCCACUCAAAAGAUACAUCAUGUACUUCAAGUGGCAAAUCAGGAAACAAAACUGAGAGUGAUGAAGAGAGGGGAUUGAUUCCAAGUGAUGUCUUAUGGUCAACAAAGGUUGACUGUCUGAAUCCUGCUAACCACCAGAGGCUGUGUGUGCUCUUCAGCAGCUCAUCUGCCCAGUCCAGCAACGCUCCCAGUGCCUGUGUCAGUCCUUGGAUUGUAACAAUGGAAUUUUAUGGAAAGAAUGAUCUUACACUGGGAAUAUUUUUAGAGAGAUACUGUUUUAGGUCAUCUUACCAAUGUCCUAGCAUGUUCUGUGAUACUCCCAUGGUGCAUCACAUUCGACGCUUUGUUCAUGGCCAAGGCUGUGUGCAGAUAAUCCUGAAGGAGUUGGAUUCGCCAGUGCCUGGAUAUCAACAUACAAUUCUAACAUAUUCCUGGUGCAGAAUCUGCAAACAAGUAACACCAGUUGUUGCACUUUCAAAUGAAUCUUGGUCUAUGUCGUUUGCAAAGUACCUUGAACUUCGAUUUUAUGGGCACCAGUACACACGCAGAGCAAAUGCUGAGCCGUGUGGUCACUCUAUCCACCAUGAUUAUCACCAGUAUUUCUCUUAUAACCAGAUGGUGGCGUCUUUCAGUUAUUCUCCUAUUCGGCUCCUUGAAGUGUGUGUUCCACUACCAAAAAUAUUCAUUAAACGUCAAGCCCCACUGAAGGUGUCUCUUCUUCAGGAUCUUAAGGACUUUUUUCAGAAAGUUUCCCAGGUAUACCUAGCUGUAGAUGAAAGACUUGCAUCCUUGAAAACGGAUACAUUUAGCAAAACAAGAGAGGAAAAAAUGGAAGAUAUCUUUGCACAAAAAGAGAUGGAAGAGGGCGAGUUCAAGAACUGGACUGAGAAGAUGCAAGCCAGGCUUAUGUCUUCCUCUGUGGACACCCCUCAGCAGCUACAGUCCAUCUUUGAGUCACUCAUUGCCAAGAAGCAAAGCCUCUGUGAAGUGCUGCAGGCAUGGAACAGCAGGUUGCAGGACCUUUUCCAGCAGGAAAAAGGUAGAAAGAGGCCUUCGGUUCCUCCCAGUCCUGGGAGACUGAGACAAGGCGAAGAAAGCAAGAUAAGUGCAAUGGACACAUCUCCAAGGAAUAUUUCUCCAGGACUUCACAAUGGAGAAAAAGAGGAUCGAUUCUUGACAACCCUGUCCAGUCAGAGCUCCACGAGCUCCGCCCAUCUUCAGCUUCCCACUCCUCCUGAGGCACUGGCUGAGCAGUUAGUGGGAGGGCCCUCCGACCUAGAUACUGCCAGUGGCUCUGAAGAUGUAUUUGAUGGGCAUUUGCUGGGAUCCACAGACAGCCAAGUGAAGGAAAAGUCAACCAUGAAAGCCAUCUUUGCUAAUUUGCUUCCAGGAAACAGCUAUACUCCCAUUCCAUUUCCUUUUGAUCCAGAUAAACACUAUUUAAUGUAUGAACAUGAGCGGGUGCCCAUUGCCGUCUGUGAGAAAGAGCCCAGCUCCAUCAUUGCUUUUGCACUCAGUUGUAAAGAAUACCGAAAUGCCUUAGAGGAAUUGUCCAAAGCAACUCUGUGGAACACUGCUGAAGAAGGGCUUCCAACAAAUAGUGCUUUAGAUAACAGACCAAAGAGCAGCAGCCCUAUUAGAUUACCUGAAAUCAGUGGAGGGCAGACAAGCCGUACAGGAGAAGGAGAACCGCAACCAACCAAAAAAGCUUCGGGAAUGUUGUCUUUCUUCAGAGGAACAGCAGGGAAGAGCCCCGAUCUCUCUUCUCAGAAGAGGGAGACCUUACGCGGGGCAGACAGUGCUUACUACCAGGUUGGGCAGACCGGCAAGGAGGGGACAGAGAAUCAAGGCCUUGAGCCGCAAGAUGAGGUAGACGGAGGAGAUACACAGAAGAAACAACUCACAAAUCCUCAUGUGGAACUUCAAUUUUCGGAUGCUAAUGCCAAGUUUUACUGUCGGCUGUACUAUGCGGGAGAGUUCCAUAAGAUGCGUGAAGUGAUUUUGGGCAGCAGUGAGGAAGAUUUCAUUCGCUCCCUUUCUCACUCAUCACCCUGGCAGGCCCGGGGAGGCAAGUCAGGAGCCGCUUUCUAUGCCACGGAAGAUGAUAGAUUCAUUCUGAAGCAAAUGCCUCGUCUGGAAGUCCAGUCUUUCCUUGACUUUGCGCCACACUACUUCAAUUAUAUCACAAAUGCUGUUCAACAAAAGAGGCCCACGGCUUUGGCUAAAAUUCUUGGCGUUUACAGAAUUGGUUAUAAGAACUCUCAGAACAACACAGAGAAGAAGUUAGAUCUCCUUGUCAUGGAAAAUCUUUUCUAUGGGAGAAAGAUGGCACAGGUUUUUGAUUUGAAGGGUUCGCUUAGGAAUCGAAAUGUAAAAACUGACACUGGGAAAGAGAGUUGUGAUGUGGUUCUACUGGAUGAAAACCUCCUAAAGAUGGUUCGAGACAACCCUCUGUAUAUUCGUUCCCAUUCAAAAUCUGUGCUGAGAACCUCCAUCCAUAGCGAUGCCCAUUUCCUUUCAAGCCACCUCAUUAUAGACUAUUCUUUGCUGGUUGGUCGAGAUGACACUAGCAAUGAGCUGGUAGUUGGAAUCAUAGAUUAUAUUCGAACAUUUACAUGGGACAAAAAGCUUGAGAUGGUUGUGAAGUCAACGGGUAUUUUAGGAGGACAAGGUAAAAUGCCAACUGUGGUCUCUCCAGAGUUGUAUAGGACUAGAUUUUGUGAAGCAAUGGACAAGUAUUUCCUGAUGGUGCCAGACCACUGGACAGGAUUGGAUCUGAAUUGCUGAACUCAUGCAGAUGAUUUGAAAUAGACCGAAGGAAAGUGGAUCUAAGGAAGAAACCCAAACUAUAUGACAUUUUAUUUCUUUGUCACAUAUAUACCACUUGAACACAAAAACCUUUCAGUUCUGGGGCUGUCUAUAGACUUCCCUUUAACUGCAGGGUAAAAUCUCUGUGAAUUGUACUUUGCUUCUGAUACUUACAGUUAUCUGCCUGUAAAAUGGGAAAUUGUACAGAGUUAAAUACAGGUUCUUUUCAGGGGGUUGUGAACAUAUAGGUAGAGUAAGUAAUUGACUUGUCAUAUGUACUAACUCAGUUGCUUGAAGAAGAAAGCACUGUCUGAUAGACACUGACUAUCUGAUAGAGACUGACUAUUUGGUAGACUGACUGAUAGACGCUGACCGUCUGAUAGACACUGACUGUUUGGUAGACUGACUGAUAGACGCUGACCGUCUGAUAGAUUGUGACUGUCUGGUAGACUGUGAUUGUCUGAUGGACUGUCUGGUAGACUGUGAUUGGGUAGACUCUGAGUGUCUGGCACCACAUUUGACACUUUUUUUCCUGAGAAGGCACUUGAAGAACUUCUUGAUUUGUUUUAUGAUACUUGUGUAGUAACUUUAUGUUCGUUCUUAUAAUUUCUGAAACAUUUAGGAAAAUUCUGAUUUAUUCCAUUAAUGGCCAGUUAAACAGGUUGGUGCUUGCUUUAUUAGGAAUUUGACUUAUUGGGAGUCCUGCCACACUCUGUAUUCUCCAUCUCAUCUUGUUUUUAAUUGUGUUUGAUGCUUUCACAUUCUAUCUUUUCUACAGGUGACAAGAGCCUACAACCCUUACCUUGAAAGCCUGUCUAGAGCAUUUUAAGGAGCUUGUUUAAAAUGUGCUGUGUGCCAAACAGCAUUUAACCUGCAUGUAUGUUCAUAGUCUAGAUUUUCCUCUUAUUGUGAGGAAACAAAAUGAACAGUAAAUGAAUCUGAAGUCACUGAUUUCAUAAGUACAGAAUUAGUAAUGAAAACUUUUUAUCAGUAAAAGACUAGACCCAAUCCAAGAAACUGAGAAGGAAACAGUUGUGGUUUUGUUUAUUUUAUUUUUGCAUAUAUAGUAUCUUUCAACACUACUAGCAGUUUAGUGGGAUUUGUAAAAUUAGAAUGUUUUUCAGUGUGGAUAUUCUCAUGUUAAAAUUUCCACCACCCUGACCAGCGCUGCUGAGAAAUGCUGAGAGGGAGAGUUACUCACACUUUUGAGAGGGAGAGUUACUCACACUUAAGGAACUUGUUUACGAGUUGUCAGUCCCAUCUAAAAUAAGUCCUGAAGUGUGAGGAAAUACUUUUACCUUACAAUAUGCUAGAAUUUCUCCUGGCUUUUCUGUAACAAGGACAUUUGGACAUUUAAAAGUUGUAAGAUUCCACUGUCUUUAGACUUCCUCUAAUAGCACAUUAACAUUCACAAAGGGCUGGAUGUAUUCUCCACAGGAUAGUCUGCACCUGAAUUAGGCAGUUUGGUAGGUUUGCUGUAGAGAUGAAGCACUAGCUAGCUAUUUGUUGCCUGUUGAGAGCGUGGCUAAUUUUGAACUCAAAGGGUUUAUGUCUGCCUGAGCCUCAGCCGCCUCAGUCUUGUCUCUGUGCCUUGGGAAGGCCGACCAAACACUGAAGAGUCCAGUUGUGGUAAAGGAGUUGUACAGACUUGAAGAUUGCAAGGAACACUUACUUUCUAUGCGUCUAGAACAAAGACUUUUGUCUGGUUUGAAAAGCCAGCUCUAAUUUGUCUCUGUUCAUUUUUUCUGUCUGAUUGUUUAGGCUAUAGAACCAGGAAGAUGUGUUGUUUCUGUUUUUCUUUGUGUUUUCAGUACAGUGUGCAUAGCUGAGCUGAGCUUCAGAGGAGUAACUCUGGACAUUGACAUGGCAUAGCCGCCUUCUCUUGCCCCUGACUUGAAAAGCAGUUUUUAAAGUAUUGUUGUAUUUGAUAUUUUGGUGACUAAACUUUGUUAAGCAAGAGUUACUGUUUUGAAAGCCUUAUUUGUUUUUUUUUAAACUUAAUGUCUGGCUGGUAUUAAUGAAGGGGAAAUGCACAAUCGAACUGUUGUGCGUGGUACAAAUGUGUGACUCCUGGCUGCUUGCAGUCAGUUACUACCAUGUAUUUGGAUGUAUAUUCAAUGUUUUGAAUUGAAUGGCUGUUGUCCUCUUGAGCUCCCUUCCAUGGCCUAAUUAAUGCUGAAAAGUUGUGAAUCAGGAAGAAAUCUCAUGCUCAAAAUACAAUAUGAAUUCCAAAGUGACUGGUAGUAACAUGAGAAACUAUGUCAACAUGUUGCUUUGUAAAAUCGUAUUUAUAAAUAUGAAGCUUUUUGAUGACAUAAAAAUUUGUUGAAAAAAUAGCAAGGAUUUAAUUUUAUUCCUAUGUGCCUGAGGGAAGAAAGCAGAAAUAAGCUGUUGUGAGCCCUCUUAUUGUCUACUGAGUCUACUUUAUAGAUUCUCAAGAUUUCCUACGGAAUGUCUGAGCAGUGUUUUUUAGCUGUGGUAUCUGUGUAAAUAAUGGGGUCAUUCAUACCAGCGUUGGCUUACACAGUUAAUGCGGUUGUGGCCGAUGGCUUCUUGGCACUGUGGCCAUUAGCAGUGGGCUUCUGUGGAAGUUCCAAGCUAAGUAACCUGCCUGUGGGAAGUUAGCUGACUUUCAAGUGUGAAAACUGUUUUGAGUGAGCCUGGUGGUAAGUCUGACCAGGACAUUCGUUCUUCCAAAGUGACUUAUGCAGUAUUCAAACCAUCUAGUGCAAUGCCUUUUUUUUCCCCCCCCCGCUGGUUUGUAACAGGUGCAGUGUAUUACAGAAAAACAAAAAAAAAACAAAAAACAAAAAAAAACAAAAACAGAAAUCACAAUCAUGAGCAGUUUUGUUAAUGCUGCUUUAUCAGUUUUGUAAAAGAAAAUGUACAUAAUGUCUUUCAAUAGGUUUUAAAUUAGAGGAAAUAACAUUGUAAAUCACAGUAGCCUCCUAAUUUAAUAUGAAAAACUCAAUAUUAAGAGUACUUAAUGUAUUAUAAUGUAUAUAUUGCUCUAACUUUGUUUCCAGCUGUUUUAUAUGAUUGACUUGUUAUUUAAAGAUAACUACCCUAGCCUUUUAGAGACUUGUACUGUAAGUAAAGAGGACCUUCAAUAAACUGGAAUUUACUUAA